GUCUAAAACCCUACCCUAACAAAAUUCAUAACCCCCCAUCUCUUGUCCUUCUGUCUGUCUUACGGCUGUUUCUGGAAGUCUUCUCUCCUCUGUGUGAUUGUCAGCUAUGUUCCGUAUUGCUUCAAAGUUAGCUUCCUCCAUCAGUUCGUCUACGUCGAAGAAACUGGUCUGUGGCAGGGUCAUAUGCAGUAGAAAUUAUGCUGCGAAGGAUAUCAGUUUUGGUGUUGGAGCUCGUGCAACUAUGCUUCAGGGUGUCAAUGAGGUUGCAGAAGCUGUAAAAGUCACAAUGGGACCAAAGGGGCGUAAUGUCAUCAUUGAGAAAACUCAUGGGGAUCCCAAGGUCACAAAGGAUGGUGUUACUGUUGCCAAAAGCAUCAAAUUCAAGGAAAAGGCCAAGAAUGUUGGUGCAGAUCUCGUAAAGCAGGUUGCCAGUGCCACUAAUACUGCUGCUGGAGAUGGAACAACAUGUGCAACUGUUGUCACCCAGGCGAUACUCACAGAAGGAUGCAAGUCUUUGGCUGCUGGAGUGAAUGUGAUGGAUUUGCGCACUGGAAUUAACAUUGCAGUUGAUGCUGUGAUAUCUGACUUGAAAAAGAGAGCACUGAUGAUAAGCACACCAGAAGAAAUUACACAGGUUGGCACCAUAUCUGCGAAUGGUGAACGAGAGAUUGGAGAAUUGAUAGCAAGAGCAAUGGAGAAAGUUGGAAAGGAAGGAGUUAUUACUGUCUCUGAUGGUAAUACUAUGGAUAAUGAACUGGAAGUGGUGGAAGGAAUGAAGCUUUCCAGGGGCUAUAUUUCUCCUUAUUUUGUCACUGAUCAGAAGACUCAGAAGUGUGAGCUAGAAAAUCCUCUGAUCCUUAUCCAUGACAAGAAGAUUUCAAAUAUCGAGUCCCUCGUGAAUAUAUUGGAGUUGGCUUUAAAGAAAAAAAGACCACUUCUUAUUGUAGCUGAAGAUGUGGAGAGUGACGCACUAGCUAUGCUCAUUCUCAACAAGCAUCAUGCUGGACUCAAGGUUUGUGCUGUCAAAGCUCCUGGUUUUGGGGAUAACAGAAGAGCAAAUUUAGAGGAUCUUGCCAUUUUGACUGGCGGAGAGGUCAUCUCUGAAGAGCGUGGUGUAACUCUUGACAAAGUCCAAGAUGAAAUGUUUGGUACUGCCAAAAAGGUCACUGUCUCGCUGGAUGAUACAAUUAUUCUACAUGGUGGUGGGGACAAAAAGUUAAUUGAAGAAAGAUGUGAGCAGCUGAGGACAGCGAUUGAGAAGAGUACAGCCGUGUUUGACAAGGAGAAAUCUCAGGAAAGGCUUUCAAAGCUUUCUGGUGGUGUCGCUGUCUUUAAGGUUGGAGGUGCUAGUGAGGCGGAGGUUGGAGAAAGGAAAGAUAGAGUAACUGAUGCUCUAAAUGCUACUAGAGCAGCCGUGGAAGAAGGAAUUGUAGCAGGUGGUGGUGUUGCUCUAUUGUAUGCCUCAAAGAUUCUGACAAGCCUUCAAACUGAAAAUGAAGACCAGAAAAGGGGUGUCCAGAUUAUUCAGAAUGCUCUCAAGGCACCUACAUUAACAAUAGCUUCGAAUGCUGGUUUUGAUGGCACUCUGGUUCUGGGAAAACUAUUGGAGCAAGAUGAUCACAAUUGGGGAUUUGAUGCUGCAAGAGGUGAAUAUGUUGACAUGGUGAAGGUUGGAAUUAUUGAUCCUCUCAAAGUUGUUAGAACGGCCUUGGUAGAUGCUGCCAGUGUUUCUAUGCUUUUGACAACAACAGAGGCAACUGUUGUGGACCAUCAGGAUGCUAAACAACCUCCUAGUCGUAUGCCGGCAAUGGAUGAUAUGGGCUAUUGAGUUUAUCGACUUAAAACUCUAUAUUCUUUGUAAUGUAGGCAGCUGAUGCAUUGUCAGCAAUACGACUGAAUGUCGAGGUUAGUCAGAAUUUUUACAGUUAAAAGUGAGGAUGAAAUGUCUUAUUUGGGUAUGAUUUGUUUCCCCUCAAUUAGCUAGGUAAGCUGUCAGUUUGAGGGUGACAUUCGAAACCACCACCUCUAAUGAGGUGAAGUUAGCUUUAAACCUUUCAACUAAGGGGUUGAAUUCCAUGUGAGAAAUUAUAUAUAGAUUAUGGUCGCCAAGGUGAAGUUGAACUUUCAAUAUGGAAAAAUUGAAAUGGUUUUCGGUUUUCA